AUGCGUUCCAAGCAACCUCAUCCCAGUCUGGCACCAUCGCCUUCAACAAGUGUCAUGGAUAGCCUCGGCUCUCGCCGAAUGCUCGGCCAAAUCAAUGGACUUAAUAGCGGCCUCGACAAUAUUCGUAGAGGUCGAGGUUGUUCUGACAGUCAGGGAUUCUCCACGCCUCCGCACCGGCCCCUGAUUGAACGGUUCCCCAUUCUGCCCCAGCGAAAGAUGGGGAAGGUCAUGCCAGAGACGAUCCCUGAAAGCCGCUAA